CUCCCCAGGGCCCCCCGGCUCCAGCCCGGUGCGCUCUGGCCUUCCCUAGGGGGGGACCUUCACUACCACCUGUCCCAGCACGGCGUCUUCUCGGAGGCGGACAUGCGCUUCUACGCGGCCGAGAUCAUCCUGGGCCUGGAGCACAUGCACAGCCGCUUUGUGGUCUACCGAGACCUGAAGCCCGCCAACAUCCUGCUGGACGAGUUUGGCCACGUCCGCAUCUCCGACCUGGGCCUGGCCUGUGACUUCUCCAAGAAGAAGCCCCACGCCAGCGUGGGCACCCACGGCUACAUGGCCCCUGAGGUCCUGCAGAAGGGGGUGGCCUACGACAGCAGCGCCGACUGGUUCUCCCUGGGCUGCAUGCUCUUCAAGCUGCUCAGAGGGCACAGCCCCUUCCGCCAGCACAAGACCAAGGACAAGCACGAGAUUGACCGCAUGACGUUAACAAUGGCCGUGGAGCUGCCGGACUCCUUCUCGCCCGAAUUGCGCUCUCUUCUGGAAGGACUGCUUCAGAGGGACGUCAACCGCAGGCUGGGCUGCCUAGGCCGGGGGGCUCAGGAGGUGAAGGAGGACCCUUUCUUCAAGGCGGUGGACUGGCAGAUGGUUUUACUGCAGAAGUACCCGCCUCCCCUGAUCCCACCUCGAGGGGAAGUGAAUGCCGCCGACGCCUUUGAUAUCGGCUCUUUCGAUGAGGAAGACACGAAGGGAAUCAAGCUGCUGGACACUGACCAGGAGCUCUAUCGAAACUUCCCCCUCACCAUCUCGGAGCGGUGGCAGCAAGAGGUGGCCGAGACGGUCUUUGACACGGUGAACUCGGAGACGGACCGGCUGGAGGCCCGGAAGAAAGCCAAGAACAAGCAGCUGGGCCACGAGGACGAUUACGCCCUCGGCAAAGACUGCAUCAUGCACGGCUACAUGUCCAAGAUGGGCAACCCCUUCCUCACGCAGUGGCAGCGGCGCUACUUCUACCUGUUCCCCAACCGGCUGGAGUGGCGGGCCGAGGGGGAAGCCCCGCAAAGCCUCCUAACCAUGGAGGAGAUCCAGUCCGUGGAGGAGACCCAGGUCAAAGACCGGAAGUGUAUUCUGCUCAAGAUCCGUGGGGGCAAACAGUUCGUCCUGCAGUGCGAC